AUGCCUUCUCUCCCGCCCCGAUAUGGUCGCUGGGUACUUAUCCUGGGCCCGGUGGUUCUCAUCCUCUUGAUACUCCAAUUUAUCCACGCCGAUUUCGGCUCAAAGACCACGCAGGACGUGGUCGGAUCCGUCUCCGGGCUAACGAUUGAUACAUACAACGAGACCGACUCAAAAACUGAAACCCACCAUGUACCAUCAUCCUGCCCGACAGACACGGGAAUGGACUCAGUGCUGGUAGUGGUAAAAACGGGCAUCACGGAAGCGCAAAACAAAGUCCCUGUACACUUAAGAACGACUCUCCGCUGCGUGCCGCACAAGAUAAUCGUCUCAGACUUCGAAGAAGACAUAGCCGGUACACGCACCCACGACGUCUUCCUCAACGUCUCCGACACCCUCAAACAAAGCAACCAAGACUUCGCUAUAUACAACCGCGCCCGCACAGGCGGACACACAGCCCUAACCUCCCAAGACCAUACGAAAGUCGCCAACGGCCCAGCUGGGAUGAUGGACAACCCAGGCUGGAAGCUGGAUAAGUGGAAAUUCCUCCCGAUGAUCCACACCGCGCUGCGCGCGAAGCCAGACGCCAAGUGGUUCGUCUUCCUCGAAGCAGACACGUACCCGAUCUGGCCGAACCUGCUCGCGUGGCUGGCGCAUUUCAACCCCGAAGACAAGCUGUAUCUGGGGAAUCAGAUGCAGAUUGGGUCGACUUUGUUUGCGCAUGGUGGGUCGGGGUUUGUGCUGUCUCAUGCGGCUAUUCAUACCGUGGCGGAUUUCCAUAAAAUGAGUGUUGAUGCGUGGGAUGCGAUCACGAACCAGGAAUGGGCGGGCGAUUGUGUGCUUGGGAGGGCGCUUGCUGCUGCGGGUAUUAGGCUUACUUGGUCUUGGCCGCAUGUGACUACUCAGUCGGUUUGGGAGCAGGAUAUGUUGCAUGAGGCUUAUGCGAAGAUACCUUGGUGUUUUGCGCCUUUUACUUUCCACCAUAUGACGCCGGCGGAUGUGGAUCGGUUUUGGGAAUUCGAGCAGCAGUGGUUUGCGACUUCAAACUCAAGCGUUCUUACAUACAGCGACAUCUUCCGCAACCUCAUCCGCCCAACCCUCGCAGACCACCUAGACAACUGGGAUAACUUUGCGAGCAAAGGCGACGACAAAGAAGAUUACAAGGGACCCAAGACGCCGACUUCUUUCGCUUCCUGUGCGGACUACUGCGCUGCAGAUCCAGAAUGCAUCCAGUACCGCCUGACAGCUGACUCGCGCUGCACAACGUCCAAUGCGGUGCUGCGUGGGAAGCCCCAGCCAGGCACGCAGUCAGGGACGAUGCUAUGGCGGGUUGAUGCUGCGUUGGAGCGGAUGGAGCAGUGUGAGAAUGUGGCGUGGGUGACCAGCUAG